ACUUGAACGCAACCUCAAGCUCCUCCCACAUCCGGUGGAAAACCGCUAUCUAUCAGUAGAAAAAAAGAAAAGAAAAGAAAAAGAACAACAUCUCAAGCAGGAAUGCGUCUCUCGGAACCAGGUAGCUGCUCCUGAAAAAGCAGCAUAUUUUCGAGAUUUCAACCGUGUCUAAAAGACGAAAGAGACAAAAUGAUCGGAAGAACGUGAUCGGGAAGGAACUGCUGCUGCUUCUUCAGCCGGCUGAAGGAACGAGCUAGACUCCCAUGGAGAGGCCUGGCAGGCUGCUUCUGCUCUCCGAACUCUGCGUCAGGAGCGUGGCGUUCGACGUAAGCCUGAGCCGGUCACUGCUGACAUGGAAAAGACAGGCCUCCAGUCCGGUGUACCGCCCAUUCAGACCCAGCGUGAAUCGCGUUGUGCCGGUGUCGGAGAUCAUCUCAGUCAGAGAGGAACAACGGAUGAACAGCAGCGGUCGAAAAGAUGACUGCAGCUGGAAGAAGAUCAAAGGUGGAGAUGGAUCGGAUUGCAGGCAGGCCUUCACAGUGUUGUACGUGGAGAGAUGUCGUCAGCACCACUGGCGCUGUGCUGAAGUUACCUUCACGUGUCCAGAUGGGGUACUCUGCCAGACCUGGGUCAGGAGGAUCAGAGAGCAGCUAGCCAGCAUCUCCACCAGACCCAGAAAUUUGCUGGUCUACAUCAACCCAUAUGGUGGGAAGCGUCAGGGCAAACGCAUCUAUGAGCAGAAGGUGGCGCCACUGUUUGCUCAAGCUGGGAUCUCUACACAUGUCAUUGUCACUGACUAUGCCAAUCAUGCAAGGGAUCAUCUGAAGACGGAGGCGGAGCUCAGCAAGGUUGACGGUGUGGUGUCUGUGGGAGGAGAUGGCAUGUUCAGUGAGAUCAUCCAUGGUCUGGUGUGGAGGACACAAAUCGAUAAUGGUGUAGAUCUAAACUGUCCUGAUGAAGACCUCUCUCCCUGCUCACUUCGCAUUGGAAUCAUCCCUGCAGGUUCAACAGACUGUAUCUGCUUUGCCACAGUUGGAACCAAUGACCCAGUCACCUCUGCACUGCACAUCAUUGUGGGAGACUCUCAGCCAAUGGAUGUGUGUUCAGUUCACCACCACAACAUGUUCCUGCGAUACUCCGUCUCUCUGCUGGGAUAUGGUUUCUAUGGCGACAUGCUAACUGACAGUGAAAGGAAAAGAUGGAUGGGCCCGGCCAGAUACGACAUAUCAGGUUUGAAAAUGUUCCUGACUCACCAUUGCUAUGAGGGAACGGUGUCCUACCUGCCUGCCAGAGACAUCAUUGGAACUCCACGAGAUGCAGGCAGAUGUCGAUAUGGUUGUACAGUUUGUCAGCACAAUGGACAGAUACAGUCAGAGAGAGCUGAGAAGUAUAAGACGAAUCAAGACUCCGAAUGUGCGGAUGACGGAGAGUGGAGGACGAUCCGAGGAAAGUUCUUAGCUAUAAACGCUGCCAGUAUGAGCUGUGCUUGUCCUCGCAGCCCCAAAGGACUCUCCCCUGCUGCUCACUUGGCCGACGGUACCACUGACCUCAUCCUUGUCAGAAAAUGUUCGCGCUUCAAUUUCCUCAGACACCUCCUGCGACACAUCAACAAAAAUGACCAGUUCGACCUGGCCUUUGUGGAGGUCCACCGGGUGGUGCGUUUCCGCUUCACCCCGCGCUACUGCCAGAGCGACUCAGACCUGGAACUGGACCUGCUUGAGAAUGGCAAGAGGCAGAUUUUCAGCCACAUUUGCAGAGACCACCCGGCUUGUGGAUGCACACGCACUAACAGCAGCUGGAACUGCGACGGUGAGAUCCUGACCCACACGGCCAUCGACGUCAGAGUGCACUGCCGGUUAAUCAAGUUGUUUGCACGAGGGAUUGAAGAGCCUCAAGUGUUUGCGGACCUCAGCAACCCCUGUGUAAUAUAAACCUUUCUCAUUCCCAUCAAGAUGUCUUCGGAAACUGGAGCCGUUUCCAGCUGCUGAGAGGCUUUAGUGUUUCUCUACUGAUAUUAGCUGAACUUAAUAGGCUAGAUGGGGGCUGGGGGGGACAAACAAAGCAUUAUGCAAAAAAACAUCAGAUGUAAAAAAUUUUUCUCGGGUCAAUGUCUGAACAUAGGGGCACAUAAAACGAAAGCUCUGAGCGCUAACGUCCAAAGGAAUUGUGAAAAUGAACGAACCACCUAGCAAGCUCCUCUGUUGGUUCUCUGUUGUCACCUGCAAGUUACAGAGUAAGCUCUCAUCAGAGAAAACUUUAAAAUAAUCUCUAUGAUCGACUAUUUGUGUCAUGUUGGUGGACACAGUCAGUUUAAUCAAUUACGAGGUUAAAGUUCAACACCAAAAAGGCCGACAUCUGCCUUCAUCUUAUCAGAACUGCAGACCAGUGCUGUUUUGUGCACAAGGCAAGACACACCAAUCAACUUGGAGAAUGUACUGUACAAUAAAUAACUCGCCUGCCUUGUCAUGUGUAGUUCCACCAACUGGCAGGCGAUUUGCUGUCAUGAAAACAGUUGUUCCUGCAUCGGAAACGCUGUAAAAAGCAGAGAGUAGAGAACCGUCCUGUCAGGCUGAUCUUCCGGUCGAUGCACUGAAGAGCCUGACAUCUCUCUCUGUCUCUGUGUCUGGACCUCACAGACAAGCAUACAAUCAUACUCAUUUUAGCUGAGCCUCAGAGUCACCCUCUGCACACGGAUAUGCAGGGGUUUUUUUUCUAGAGCCUGAAAGGGAGCGAUGAUGUGCUGGUAUAUACGUCGUCUACCUGGAAGAAAAGAAAGGAAAAAAACAGAAAGAAUAAAAGGAUUUCCCACCAGAAUAUUGAUGUAGUGUUCGUAUACCUGUGGUCUCUAACGGAUCACUUGUCCAUACUGAUGUCAGAGUGGGAUUCCAUUCCUUAUGUAAGCACACGUCUCUAUGGUGGAGUUAGAAAAGGGCUGUUCUUGGUAAUAUCCUAGAGCCCUCUGGUGAAAACCCCUGUAGAAUCUCACAUUUGUUUUUACAUACACACUUUUCACCUUUUGACCAUUUGACAAAUAACAGGAUUCAGAAGACGUCAUAACUGACCAGAUGACUUGUUUCCUUGUUUUUCCUUCUUGAGGCUCAUUCAGAAAGGAACACUGUUUCUCACUGUAGGAUCCUGUGCUUUUACAUCCAGUCAGUUCUCAAUAUGUCUUACUGUGGUGCGCUUGUUGCUGUUUUAUUCUUGUUUUUAUUUUUUUAAUCAUAUCAUAUGUUAUCCAUUAACAUAGCUAGCAUUACUAAAACAAUGUAUUUUCUAAACUUUCUAAUCACCCUCAUUCUGAAAAGAAAAAAAAAAAAAAAAACUACCAGCAUUUCCAGAUCCAGCCUGUUGCGUACAGACAGAGCUUACAACCUCCAAAUGAUAAUACAGAGUAACUUUCUCUACCCAGUGCAGUUUUCCUGUUAUCUGCUCUCACUCUCUUGCAGCUUAAAGAAGCAGCAGACAUGUCUUAGAAAACCAUUUUGUUUUAUAUACGCUCUCUUACAUCGCUCACUGACGUUGCAACCUGGAAAUGCUUGUGGAGCCUGCAUAUGCUUACUUGAUAAACAUCAGAUUUUGCAGUUUCUGAUA